AGCGACGCAAGGCGGCCGGGCGGAAGUGGCUCGUAGGACUAGAGGUGGCGCCGCCAUGCCCGGGGACCACCGCCGCAUCCGCGGGCCCGAGGAGUCCCAGCCGCCGCAGCUGUAUGCUGUCGAUGAGGAGGAGCCGCCCGCCGCCCGCGACCCGACGCGGCUGCGGCCCGUGUACGCGCGCGCCGGGCUGCUGAGCCAGGCCAAGGGCUCGGCCUACCUGGAGGCGGGUGGCACCAAGGUGCUGUGCGCCGUGUCAGGCCCGCGCCAGGUCGAGGGCGGCGAGCGCGGCAGCGGCCCGGCUGGGACGGGCGGCGAGGCUCCGGCCGCCCUGCGCGGCCGCCUGCUCUGCGACUUCCGCCGUGCGCCCUUCGCCGGCCGCCGGCGCCGCGCGCCCCAGGGGGGUGGCGAGGAGCGCGAGCUGGCGCUGGCGCUGCAGGAGGCGCUCGAGCCGGCUGUGCGCCUGGGCCGCUACCCGCGCGCGCAACUCGAGGUGUCGGCGCUGCUGCUCGAGGACGGUGGCUCCGCGCUGGCCGCCGCGCUCACGGCAGCAGCGCUGGCCCUGGCCGACGCGGGCAUCGAGAUGUACGACCUGGUGGUGGGCUGCGGCCUGAGCCGCUCGCCGGGUCCCGCGCCCGCCUGGCUGCUGGACCCCACGCGGCUCGAGGAGGAGCGCGCCGCCGCCGGCCUCACUGUGGCGCUCAUGCCGGUGCUGAACCAGGUGGCCGGGCUGCUGGGCAGCGGAGAGGGCGGCCAGACCGAGAGCUGGGCCGAGGCUGUGCGCCUGGGCCUGGAGGGUUGUCAGCGCCUCUACCCCGUGCUGCAGCAGUGUCUAGUGCGGGCCGCUCGUCGGAGGAGCGCCUCCGUCCGACCUGAACCAGAGGUCUGACAGACGCCGAGGGACCGUGCUGCUGCCGACCCCCAGAGGACCAGUGCCAGACUGCCGCGGAGCUGAGAACUCAAGAACACUGGAGCGGAUCUGGGGCUGGCUUCCCCUUUCCCACCCAGAACUGAUCGUGGACAGCUGUUGGAACAGGUUCUUCCAAACUGUUCUUUAUAAGAAACUUUUCCACUUGAGUUGGCUUCUGUUGAAGAAACCUGUGAAUUCAGCCUGACUCCAAGUUGGAAAUGACUUAUCUGGAAAACGGGAUUUGGAGCAGGCCAGCCAGUGACUCCCUCCUGUAUAACUGGGCUGCUUUUGAGCAGAUGGGCAAGGGGGCUGUGCCUUCUUGCUUAUCUGAACUAAAACUAAACAAAAACCCUUUUAUCUGAAAAACGU